AUCUCCCUUGCUUCUUCUCCCUCAAAACUCAAAGAUCUUCGUCUCUGUAUUCAACACAUAGUGAUGAAUCGAGACAAACAAAUCUAUUUCCUAUCACUCUGAAUCGCAGCUAUAGUUCACCAAUUUUCUUAGUCGCAAACCCUGAGCGUACUACAAGAAAUGCUUGGCUUGGAAGAAAAUCCUCGAGAAUUGGUUGAAUUCGGGUUUUUCCAUUUCCAGUUCGUUUAGUAUGUUCAAGAGAUGCAAUUAGUGCCUAGUGAUGAUGACGAUCGGAAAGAACAGAUUUUAUUCGACGAAGCUACAUCCUCGAACGAAAUCGUAGCGGCGGAGAGAGGAGACCGUGUUGUGGAGGAAGGAGAGGUUUCAGAAAUAGCUGAGAGUGAUGACGAAACUACACAUCUCGUUGCUGGAGAUCAACCACAAUGUCGAAUUUGCCUUGAUGUUGGAGGGGAAGAUCUGAUUGGUCCCUGCAAUUGUAAAGGUACUCAGAAGUAUGUGCACAGAUCUUGUCUCGAUAAUUGGCGAUCCACCAAGGAAGGUUUUGCAUUUUCGCAUUGUACAGAGUGUAGAGCUGUCUUCAAACUCCGAGCCAACGUGCCUCCUGAUAGAUGGUGGUUGAGGCUGAGAUUUCAGCUGCUGGUUGCUAGAGAUCAUGCGUUCAUCUUCAUUACUGUCCAGAUGGUUGUAGCUUUCUUGGGGUUGCUAGUUUACAAGUUCUACGGGGAAGAACUACGUGAAAUGUUUGGUUAUGAAGAACAUCCUUAUGGUUUCUACACAUUAGCUGUUUUGGCCAUUGUCUUGGUAGGAGUACUUUACGGGUUCUUCAUUGCCAUUAUAUGUGGUCAAAGGAUCAAUGAGCGGCAUUACCAUGUUCUUGCUAAACAAGAACUCACAAAGGAGUUUAUCGUGGAAGACAGAGACUGCAAGAACGUUCCUGAGCUUGACCAGAGUCACGUAAUGGAACUUAGAAUGUUGGGACUUUAUUGAGCGUAAAUACGAGACGAGAAAAAGAGCUUGCUGGAUCUUCUUCACUCUUCAUUUCACCUGUAAAUUAUACUCUUCAUUGAUUUUCGCGGUUGUUUUGACGAUUGUGUCAUCUCCAAGUAAUUUUUUGAAGUAUUUUUAUUUAUAUAUUCUGAUGAAACUGUGAAUGUGUACUAGUAUAGACCUCGGAAACAAAUUGGUUUACAAAGUAAUGUAUUGAUGAUCAACUCUUUUCGCUU